CCCUUUGCUGUUGACUAUAUAAUAACUGAGGCUACAACCAUAAAGCCGUAUCUGCAGACUGCAUCUUCUCUUCCUAGCCAGUAUCUUCUCAUUACUCAAGCUUCUCCUUCCCCAGAUAAACCAAACAUGGUGAUUAAGCUCGACAAAACCUUAUCUAAAGCCAUGAACGCAACCAUCAUGGGCUCCGGAGACGAGACCAUAGUUCUCGGACAUGGAUUCGGCACUGACCAGUCUCUCUGGGACAAAGUCAUCCCAAGCAUAUCUGACAAGUACAAGGUGGUUCUCUUUGACUGGUGCUUCUCGGGUGCUAUAAAAGACCCGGACUUCUUUGAUGGAGCGAAGCACACUUCUUACGAGGCGUUUGCGCAAGAUUUGGUCGGUCUUAUGGAGGAGUUGAAGCUGGAAUCAUGCACUUAUAUGGGUCAUUCCAUGGCUUGUAUGAUCGGAUGCAUUGCUUCUACUAAAAGACCUCAGCUUUUCAAGAAACUCAUACUUGUGGGAGCUUCACCCAGGUACAUAAAUUCUGAAGGCUAUGAGGGUGGCUUUGGGAGCUCAGACAUAGACCAGCUCUUAUCAAACAUAGGCUCCAUUUAUGAGCAGUGGGCAACCAUUUUUCCCACAGUGGUCAUGGAUGCAAACGACCCUCAAUCCAUCGAAUAUUUCACAAAAUGCUUGCAGAAAACAAGGCCAGAAGUCGCCUUGCCCGUAGCCACCAUCGUUUUCCAGUCUGACGAACGUGACCUACUCGAAAAAAUAACAACUCCGUGCGCCAUCAUUCAGGCCACCAACGAUAUCGUUGUUCCCAACUCAGUAGCCGAGUUCAUGAACAACAAAAUCACUGCAAAAUCAUCGGUUGAGUACGUCGAAGCCACUGGCCAUUUCCCACAGUUAACUUCCCAUCUGCAGUUCAAUGAGGUGCUUGCUAGAGUUCUUUGAGUUAGACAGCAACAUGUAGCCAGCCAUGUAAUAUAUGUUAAUUAAGUUUGCUUGUGUGUGAUUAAGUGUGUGUUUUACAUAAUCUAGCUAAAUAUAUGGUAAAUGUGUUUGUGAUCACUAGUAACUCAGUAGGGCAUGUUGUGGUCUGUAUGAUCUGGUUUGUAACAUUUGGAUUCUACUACAUUCUGGUUUGUACUUUGUAGUUCCUAUUUGAUAUGACUGUUGAUGUUAUCAGUGUACAACUUGUAGAAUCAUAUUACUGGUAUGGCUUUGUUUGGAUC